UUUCUAUAAGAAACAAUUACUUAUUAUCUCAAAAACAUCAAUUUGUUACUUAAGUUACCAUUCCAAGUCUCUAAAGUAUGUCAAACAAAAAAAUAAUUUAAGUUUCUAAACAGACCUUAAUAUUUUUAGACUAUCAUAAAAGAAUUGAAAAGGGAAAAUCAUGCUAUUAGUAAUUUUGCUUUCUUUUGUUUUGGUGUGUAACGUUGCUGGUGAUGCUGGACAAGACUCAAACUCUUCAGGACUUUUUCAGUGGGAACCAAUUAGUAACAAAGUAUGUUUCCAUGCAAAAGGAGAUCUUCCUGGUAUAAUAUAUAUGCAUAAGACUGGGUUUAUUGUUGCAAUCAAACUAGUAUAUCGCAGUGGUGCAAUGAAAUGCGUUGCAACAGACACUGGAAGCAAUUGGGGAUGCGAUGACAACACAAAGAUUAAUGUUGUUGUUGCAGAUAGUAAAAAAGAAAUACUUUUUCCAUCAAAGCAACAAGUAACAUUUGCUGCUGGAAACUGGUACACUUUACCAGGCACAAUGAGCGUUGAUGAAGAACUAGUUCUAAAUGAUUUUUGUUCACCAGCUUACGUUAGCAAUGGAGAUCAUUUAUUUAUUUGGUGGGGAGAAGACCAUAACAACUACUCUGAAGGUGAUAAUUCUGGGCAUGUAUGCGUAAAAGUUUAUGCAUUAUUUCAAGAAGCACAACGUUGAAAAUGUUUAUUAUGUACACAAUAAAAAUAUGUAAUAAAUUUUGAUUUUCCUAA